GACAUAAUCGGAAAACCGGAAAAGGAAAUAAGGGAAAUUUUCACAAACUAAGUGAAAUCGUAUAAAGUAAUUGUUAUCUACAAUAAUUCAUAUCUUAAAUUGCUACAUAAGAGUUAAUUAAAACAACGUUUGGAAUGUGAAGUUAUGCGUCUAAACGUGCAAAUAAAAAGAAAAAUAAGAACAUCUCAAUUAAUAUAAAAUAACCUAAAAAUUUUGACAUCUUUAACCUAAAAAUGUGUAGGACAUUUGGAAAAAAAGAAUAAUUUCCUUUAAUUACGAUUAGUAUAACUAAUAAAACAUGUCGUUCUGUUUACGUAGUAUUAACAAAACUAUUCAGCACACAAUUGCAACUUCUAGAUGGAAUUUGUAUCCAAUUUUAAGUCAAGUUAAAGUGUUUUCGUCUCCAAAAAUUAUAAUAGGAAACAGUACAAGGAAUACAAGUUUCUUUAACAAAUUACCUGCUGAUCACUUGUGGAAAGGAAUAACCUCUGUAAGUAAUGCAGGCAAGAAAAGAGGAAGAGGUAAAACAUUGGCUCGAAAGAAAGAUCUUAAUCGCGGACAAGUUUUGGGACUCGGAAAAGCGAAUAUGCUUUGGCCUGGUCUAUCUGCACCAAUAAUACGUGGUAAAGAAUUGGUAGAAAGGCAGCAAUUACCAGAAGAUCCAGAAAGGGAAAAGAAACUUAUUCAACUAAGGGAUAAAAUGGGUGCACUUAAAUCAUACAAAUUAAGUCCUUUAGAACGAGGUUGGUCAGGCAAUAAAAUGCCUGGCAGAAGUAUUGGACCACCUGACCCAAUAGGAGAAGAUAAAUUUGAAGGUUUUGACACCAAAGUAAUUGAAUUUAAAAUUGUCUUUAAUAUGAAAGGGAAUUUUGGUAGAAAGAGAAGGCAGUCUACUUUUGUUGUAACAGGUAACAAGAAUGGUUUAGCAGGCUUUGCAACAGGAAAAGCUAUAGACCCCAAAGCUGCUCUCAGAAAAGCUAAAAAUAGAGCAGGACAAAAAUUGAUGCAUAUUGAUAUUUUCAGAGGACAUACAGUUAAUCACGACUUUUUUACCCAAUUUGGUGCUACAAAAAUUUAUGUAAGUCAGAAACCUGAAGGAUAUGGCCUUGUGUGUCAUCGAGCUAUAAAAACAGUUUGUGAAGUGAUUGGUAUAAAAAAUCUGUAUGCUAAAGUUGAAGGAUCAACAAAUGUGCAGCAUAUUGUUAAAGCGUUCUUUUUAGGUCUUCUAAGACAGAAAACUCAUCAAGAAAUUGCAAACGAUAAACAACUACAUCUAGUUGAAUUUUCAAAAGAUAACGAGUAUUAUCCUAAAGUACUUGCGUCGCCGACUGUCUGCAGAAAAGCAGAUGAAAUUCGCCAUCAUGAAGUCAUGGAUUUUACACAGUACUGUUAUGAUGGAAGAAUUGUGUUGAAGAGGAAAAAAUUUCCCAUAUUUUACACUAAACAUAAAUCGUGGGAAGUUCAUUUGAAGAAACAAGAAUACUUGAGGAAUUUGGACAAAACACAAACCUAUUUGAGAGCUGAAUAUGGAGAACUUAAAAGCUUCUUAACUGAAAAAUACCCAGAAUGUAGGCCCCACAAGGUCCCUCCAAAAGAAAAAACUAGUGAAGAAGAGUAACUGAUUAAAAAUUAUUUUAUUUUGGUUUUUGUGUAA